AUUUGCAAUGUUGUCUUGAACAGCUCUUAAUAGUGCACUUGCCAUCCUUGCUCAGAGAAGAAAAACACAUCUGGGAUUCACAAAGAAACCAUUAGGAAAAAACAAAAAAACGGUGUGUGGAUAGAUCUUCAGUGUUGUAAACCAGAGACAACCAUGAAACAAGUCAUAACAUUGCUUUGUGCUGUUGCAGUCGUGUCCUUUGGAUACUCAGAUGCUAAAGAAAAUCAAGAAUUUAUAGAUAAGAGUAAAGAAAGAACAAAAAGAGAAACUCAACAUACUUUGACUGUUACAACUAUCCUGGAACAACCUUUUGCUAUUAGAAAUAACACAGGACUAGAAGGAUUCUGCAUUGACUUAAUAGCUGAGCUUUCAAAAAAAGUGGGAUUUAAUUUCACUGUCUCUGUAGUGAAGGAUUCACGCUAUGGUGCCAGAGACCAGACUGGGAAAUGGAAUGGAAUGAUUGGAGAGAUUAUAAAUGGGGAAGCAGAUUUGGCAGUGGCUCCUUUAACAAUUACCGCCGUUAGAGAAAAAGAGGUGUCUUUCACAACUCCUUUUCUGCAAACUGGAAUCAGCAUAAUGUUUAGAAAAGAUGCAGUCGCAGAGAGUUCAUAUCUUUUUGGUUUCUUGAGUCCAUUCAGUAAAGAAACUUGGAUUGGAAUUAUAAUUGCUUAUUUGGUCACCAGCUUCUGUCUCUUUCUUGUAGGCAGGUUAAGCCCUUGUGAAUGGUCUGAGCUUUCUAAUGAACAAAGCAAAUUUACCUUCUUGAAUAGCCUUUGGUUUGGAGCUGGGGCUUUAACUCUACAAGGCGUUGAACCUUAUCCAAAAUCAGUCUCUGCUCGAAUAAUAGCGGUCAUCUGGUGGGUGUUUUCUAUUGUCCUAUUGGCUGCAUACAUUGCCAGCUUUGCUGCAUUUUUGAAUGUUGGGAAAGAACAAACUACAUCUAUUCAAACUUUUGAAGAUCUGCUAAAACAGCAAAACUUGGAGUUUGGAACAAUCUCAAGCUCUUCCACUCUCAACUUCUUCAAGAAUUCUAAGAAUCCAACUUACCGCAUGAUUUAUGAGUACAUGGAUAAAAGGAAAGAUUAUGUUAUGGUGAAAACGUUCAGUGAGGGAGUGCAGCGAGUAAAGGAAUCUAACUAUGCCUUUCUGGGAGAGUCUGUUAUGCAAGAUCUUACUGUUGCGAAACACUGUGACAUUGUCCGAGUACCUGAAGUGAUUGCAAUGCGAGGCUAUGGCGUUGCAGCCUCAAUAGAUUCUCCACUUAUCAAGGAACUGUCUGUUGCAAUACUGGAAAAAUCUGAAUCUGGAGAGAUUGAAUAUCUUCGUAACAAGUGGUGGGAUACUACAUGUGCCACAAAAGCCAGUACUGGUUGGAUACCUGUGCAACCUUAUACCUUGGGAGGAAUCUUCUUGAUACUAGGCAUUGGCUUAGCAUUGGGGGUCAUUGUCUCACUCAUUGAACUGGUGUUUAAGGCAAAGCAUUCUGCAAACCAGCAAAAGAAAUCUUGCUGCUCUGCCUUUUCCGAGGAGUUUCGCCAACGUUUUGGAACAAGAAAUGAAAAUCAAGAGAACUUGGAAAAAGUAAAACCAUAAGUGAUGUUCCUGAUGAAUUGAUAUUUUUUUUUUUUUUAAAUUUGUACUAUUGCAGUUUAUACCUAAACCAUUUACUGCUAUAUUGAUAGUAAUGUGUUCUUCUAUACUCGUUUAAUUUUCAGUAAGCAUUAUGGUGCUUUGAGGGAACUUUAAAACAAAAUUAAACAGAAGUGUUUCUUUUUAGAAUUGAAUUAGUGAAGACUGCGCUGUAUCUGUUGAGGAUGGAGUCAAAUUAUAAUUGUUGGGUUUAUGUCAUGAAUAAAUUGCAUGUAGAUAUCGCUAAUGUAACCAUUUUUUCCACCCAUUACAUAACAAGUGUCCAUAUUUGUUGUACAAAAUAAAUACUAACAAACUCAUUAAAGGGACAAUGAACACCA